GGUCAGUGAACACUGAACGCCAUCCUUAGUCAGAGUCAGAGACUUUAACUGUGACACAAAGGCUUUUACACACAGGAUCUGACGACAAGUCAGACACAGAGAGACUGGGGAGACUGGGCUGUCCUCCUGCUCCCGGCUCAGAAGUAUUUACUUUACGGUAAGCGAAGCCUGGUUCAUUCCCUCGGACUCAGGUGACGCGUUACAAACUGGUAAUGAUCGAUCUUGUUCUUACGCUAUAGAGAUGGAACCUGGCACAUAUCUUUAGAUUUAGAGACACAUGCUGAUCCGUCUAGAGGGGACUGGAACCGGUACAGUAGUAGUGUAUACUCUGAAGGGUGCCUAGAUAAAGAAGGGGAAGGUCUGGUCGCAGAUGAAGUGACUGUGAAAGUGGAGGGCGACGUUCCUCCCACAUGGAAUGCAGCUUGUGCAGGACUCUCACAGGGAAGAGAUUUCUUAGAUUACGUUUAGAGACAAAUCUAAAUGUUGUGACCCACUCCCCUUUACACGCGUUUAGGGAUCGCGACCCAGUGUCCACGUCGAUGGCGCCUUCCGAUUUACAAGGCUGUGUCCUUUUCGAUCAGGUAUUGAACUCAAACGACAGGGCUAGAGCCCAGGCUCAGGGAGGAGGAGCCACAUCAGGCAGUAGUAAAGAGAAACGGUUCCUCUGCAUGUUCUGUAACAAAGGCUUCAGCUGCUCCCAGAAGGUAGAGAUCCACCAGAGGGUCCACACAGGGGUGAAACCCUUCAGCUGUACCCAGUGUCACAUGCGCUUUGCCCAGGCUGGCCACCUGAAGAGGCACCAGAGGGUCCACACAGGGGURAAACCCUUCAGCUGUACUCAGUGUCAAAUGCGCUUCGCUCAGGCUGGUGACCUGAAGAGGCACCAGAGAGUCCACUCAGGGGAGAAACCCUUCAGCUGCCAGAUGUGUGAGAAGAGGUUCUCCCGCCAGCACCAGCUGAAGAUGCACCUGAAGGUCCACACAGGAGAGAGGGCAUUCUCCUGAAGGCAUAUAUAGAUUUCUGUGUUUAAUAUUUCUGAAUAUUAUAUUGCAUCCAGACAUUGUGUAAUAAGGCAUGUAUAUACACACGCGGAAUCAUGUAGUAACCCAAAAAGUGUUAAACAAAUCAAAAUAUAUUUUAUAUUUGAGAUUCU